AUGUUCUUCAGUGAAACUCUAUUUCCCGAGAACUCUACACAAGACCAAGGACCUUCUACCCGACCCGAUUAUUCGGCAAGAUACAAGUCACGAAAGAAUAAGCACCAACGCAAGAAACAGAAAUUGGUCGGAGAGCUUGAAAAGGAAUAUGAGGAUCUAUUAAUAUUUGGAUACGAGUCGAAAGUAUUUAAAGAUGACGAAAUGGCACAGAAAGUUAAUACUGGGGAAUUGUUAAUACCGUGGAGGGGUGAGACGCAGAAUGUUAUUUUGUUGGAUAGAUAUGAUGUACGGAAUCUUCUUGACAAUCGCGGACAGUUCCGCAAGGGAGUAUAUACGUUAACGAAAACGGUAGACGAAAUCGAAGAAGACCGAUUGUGUGAGGAAGAGCGGUGGGCAGAUUUGGAUUCGGAUGCGGAAGAUUUAUAUUAUUUGGAAGAGGAAGAGAGGGAAUCUUAUAUUGAGGAGAAGCGAAGACAGAAACAGAGAGCAGCAGAGGGGAACGAGAUUGGCUAUGAUUAUUCUGAAAAAGUUGAAAAAGAAAACGAAUGCAAAGAGGGAGAUGAACAAGUGCCGAAAGAUGAGAACCAAUCUGCAACUGGGGAGGCUUACGUAGCCAAAUUUACUGUUCCUGAGGGAAUGGCAACAGAGGAAAAAGAAGAACAUCAUAUGAAUCAAGGGGCAUUGAUUUUGCUCUAUUCUUAUGAUCUCGUUAAUUGGAUCGCCAUACAAGUUCCGUCCGAUCAGCGUAUAGAUGAAAUCAUCGAACGUACAGCUAGGUUCCUCAAUACGAGCAACGAUGCACAGAUGGAAAUAGUCAUCCAAGCCAAGCAAGCAAAUAAUCCUAGCUUUUCAUUUCUAAACAAAGACGAUCCGCUAUAUCCUUACUAUCGUCAUGUACGGGUGCAGCUGAGGAUUGGAUUAUUCGAUUAUGGUGGUAGUGACAAUGAAGAUGAGGUUGCGGCCGCCGCCGCUGCAGUAGUCGAGGGAGGGGAAGAGUCGGAGGAAAAGAGAAAUGUUGCAGAGGUAAAGAGCGAGGGUGAAGCUGAGGACGAUGACGAGGGUGAAAAUGAAGACAAGAAAAAGACAGAAGAGGUGGCGAAAGAUGAGAAUGAAACCACAAAGGAAGAAGAAAAACCAGAGACGAGCGAUGAUAAUAGGACUAUACUCGAUGCUCUGGACGAUUAUUAUUUGGAAUUCUGUGCCACGUCCGAAACUUCAUGGAGAUCAAAAUCACGAGGGAUAUCCAAACACAUUGGACCUGUCGUUGUUCCGCCUCUAGACGUGCGAGAAAUAAUUGACAAAACAUCCAUGUAUGUUGCAAGAUGCGGGCCCGGUCUGGAAACGAAAAUACGAGAGAAACACAUAUAUGAUUCCAAGUUUAGUUUUCUGUUGCCAUGGGACCAAUUCUAUCCUUACUACAAGCAAAAGAUUGAGGACGAAAGGGCCAUCACUGAUGGGGAAUGGCGACAGGAAAAGGAGCAGCAAGACACAACAAAGUUUAAAGGGUGGAUUGAUCUGUCAGAGCAGAAUGGGGUACAUGUCAGUUAA